UUGCAAAUAGAAUUCUUUAUAUUUUUGCGCCAAGUAAUGUAGCGACUUCUGGAGCUUUAUAAAAGCUUUAGUUCUAAUUUUGCCGCUAGAUGGCUACUAUCGUUUAAUAUGUUCUCGCAAGUGCUCGAUCACCUAUGUAAUUUGUAUAUAAGAGAGAAACAGUAACACUCCUGUUGGAUAGUCUGAUGCUUCCCAGGUAAAAAUCAGCGCAUUAUGCGGCCAUUUAACAGACCACAUCAUGUGUCCGGUACUUCACGUACAGCCUUUUAAACCGUGUCGUCAUCGAAAAUUGUUUGUUUACUUUGUAAAACUAACUGUGGAAGUGAACUUGGGACUAUCUUUUUUGUAACUUUUAUUUUAUUGAUUGUCUUGUCGUCUUUUUUUUUAUAUUAUAUAUAUUAAAUUAUAUUUUUUAAUUUUUCAUUUCAUUUUUAAAAAAUUCUAAACUAUUUUCUAAAAUUUUAUAUAUUUUUAAUUAUAUUUAUUUGAUAAAAAAUUUUUAUAUAAACUUUUGUUCAUUAAUAAAAAAAAUAAGACUUUGUUCGCAAAAUUUAUUUUUUAAUAUAUCUUAUAAUGUAUUUCUAAUCAUACUUUAUAUAUCAAUAAUUAAAUUAUCAUGAAAUGCAAAUAUAAUUACAAAUCAAAUAUUAAUCAUAAGAAUAAAAUUUUUAAUAGUUAUUUAGAAAAGAGAAUUCGCGGAAUUCAAUGAUUCUGAAAUGUGUUAUAAAAAAGAUUUUGAUUAAAUUUUUUUUAUACAUAUAAUUGUCGCUCUUAGUUUUCGAGAAAAAAAAAUUGCUAUUUAUUGAAUUUUAUUCAUAUGCAUUUGUAACAAUAUAUACAAUGUAUGUAUGAUUAGUUAAAAAUUGGCAAUCAAUUUUUAUGUUAUAUAUGGAUUAUCUUAUCGAAACUCUAUUUUUUUAUGAAUAUGAGAUUUUUAACUUAUCUUUUUUAAGAUUUAUUUUGUGAUACAUAGAGUAUAUAUAUAUUCAUGCGUCAUCUUUUGGGAUAAUUCUAGAAACCAAAACAAACACAAAAAUUGAUAACACAAAAAUAUCGUUUAUUUAUUAAUUAUGAUUGUAUUAAACAAUUGAAUUGUUGAAUUAAACAAACCGAGAGAAAGAGAAUGAGAUCACUCUGUCUUUACUAUAUCGUUAUUUUAUUCUGCUUUUAUUUCGGUUCAUUCAAUAUUUAAUAAAUAACUUUUUCUCAACUGACUUUCUCAAAUUUUUAUAUAUUUUUGUACUUAUUUUGUUGUCUUUAAAAAUCUAUUCUUCAAAGAUAUAUAAUAUAUUAAUAUUCUAUAUAUACCAUGGAAUUAAAACUUAUAACCACAAUGAAAAAACUUAUAAAUUUUGAUGGAUUUAAAUCAUAACAAAACCACAUAAUAUUGAACUUAAGCAUUUAACGGAUCCUUCAAAUCCGCAGAAAAUAAAGAUACAUAUACAACAAUCGAAAUCAUAACAAUCGAUAUCACAAUAUUAAAUAUAAAUCUGAUUUUGCUAUAAUUAUAAUUUCAUAUUGUUUUAUUAACUCAACAAUUGUUUUAUUAUAUUUUACAAAAUCCAUGAAAUGCUUAAAUUCGCUAUAGUUUCUAUUAGUAGAUAUUAAGUAUGGUGAUAUUAAAUCAUUUAUAUAUAUGUAUAUACAUAUAUUUUCUUUUUAAAUAUUAACCGCCACAAUGUCGUGUCCAUACGAAUAAUUGAUAAAUGGCAGUCGCAUGCUGAUAUAUAGAUAUAUGUAUUAUGCACAUAAAUGAAAUGUUCAGUAUUUAACAAUUAUUUUUGCAAAUAUCUUAAAAACUAAAAGACAAUUAUAUGCAUAGAAAAAAAUUAUUUAAAAUGUUAUCCUCUAUAAUAUAUUCCAAAAUCAUUGAAAUUAAUAAGAAGUCUCUUUUUCUAGAUAAUUACUGAAUUUUUUAUUUAAUGUUUCUAUAUUUAUUCAAAAAUAAAAUUAUAUAACUUGUUUCUUAAAUUCUUAAGAAAUUCGGUUUCUUAAAUUCAAUUAUGUCUGAUUUCUCUUUUUUCAUUGUAUGAAAUUAUGUUAAUAUAUUCGGCAACAAAAUAAAUAAAAUUCUUUUACGUUUUCAUCGCGUAAAUAACAAUGAAUUGAUUUCUAUAUCAGCGGUAAUUGAAGAUCCACGUAAAUGCGAAAUGUCGCUGUUGGCUAUGAUUACAACGCGUGGACGACACACGAUUCUUAAGAGACGAAUAGAAACGAAACGUCGAAUGAUACGUAAUCGGUUUGAAGUGAGACGAAGCGGGAGUAAGUUACGGUGUGUUCCUGUUUCGUGAGAAUUAGCGCGUGUGUCGCUGUUAUUGGAUUAUUAAUCGAUGAUGAUGGAAGAAGAAAAGGCGGAAGCAGUUGCAAAGAAUGGAGAUCCAGAGGUGAAAGAAGAAACUGAGAAAGACGAAGAUGGAAUGUUUGAUGAAUCCAGUUUUCCGGAGCUGGAGCGCACGCAAACCGGUCGCAAAACAAGUAUUUUCAAGUACUAUUCAUUUAAAGAGAAAGAUAUAAUGCCAAAUUCAGUAAAAAAACCAGGUCCUCUUAUUGGAGUAAUUGAUGUUGGCACGCGAACUGUUCGCUUUGUGGUAUUCAAUGCGAAGCAUGUAGCUGAAGUGGCAUCUCAUCAAAUCGACAUAGAACAAAUAAGUCCGCAAGAAGGAUGGAUGGAACAAGAUCCCAAAGAAAUUCUUUUUGCGGUAAAGGCUUGCAUCAAAGAUGUUAUACGGAAAUUAGACAUGUUAGGUUUAAAAAUGGAUGAAAUAGUAACAAUUGGUAUUACGAAUCAAAGAGAAACUACUGUAGCAUGGGAUGCAAUGACUGGUGAACCAUUAUACAAUGCAAUAGUAUGGUCCGAUAUUAGAACAAGUUCAAUUGUUGAUCAAAUAAUAGCUAAAUUUCCGGAUCAAAGUAAGAAUCAUAUUAAACCUUUAUGCGGUUUGCCAGUGAGUCCAUAUUUUUCAGCAUUAAAAAUACGUUGGAUGAAAGAUAAUGUGCCUACUGUUAGAAAAGCGAUGCGUGAUAGGCGAUGUAAAGUGGGUACGAUGGACACUUGGAUCGUUUGGAAUUUAACGGGUGGCAAAGACGGUGGAUUGUAUAUUACUGACGUAACAAACGCGUCAAGGACCAUGUUAAUGAACAUAGAAACUCUUUCAUGGGAUCCCACGUUGUGCAGAUAUUUUGAUAUUUCUAUGCAAAUGUUGCCAGAAAUUAGAAGCAGUGCUGAAAUUUAUGGAAAAAUUGCAAUCGGUCCAUUAAAGGGUAUCACUAUAUCUGGUAUUUUAGGAAAUCAGCAAUCAGCUUUAGUUGGACAAAAUUGUUUAAAGAAAGGACAAGCAAAAAAUACAUAUAGAAGUGGAUGUUUUUUACUCUGUAAUACGGGAACAACACGAGUAUAUUCUUCUCAUGGAUUAGUUACAACGGUAGCUUAUCAAUUAGGUCCAAAAAGUUCAGCUGUUUAUGCAUUAGAAGGUUCAAUUGCAGUAGCAGGUGCAGCUAUUAAAUGGUUACGAGAUAAUAUGAAACUCAUAAAGGAUGUACAUGAAAGUGAACAUUUAGCACAAAGUGUUUUUAGUACUGGCGACGUAUAUUUUGUGCCAGCUUUUACAGGAUUAUAUGCUCCAUAUUGGAGAAAAGAUGCAAGAGGAAUUAUUUGUGGACUUACUGCAUUUACAACAAAACAGCAUAUAAUAAGAGCAUCAUUAGAAGCUGUCUGUUUCCAAACUAGAGAUAUUUUAGAAGCUAUGUAUAAAGAUUGUGGUUUUCCAUUGACCAAAUUAAAUACAGAUGGAAAAAUGUCAACAAAUAAUCUUCUUAUGCAAUUGCAAGCAGAUCUUUGUGGUACACCAGUAUUUAGGUCCACAAUGCCAGAUAUUACAGCUUUAGGCGCAGCAAUGGCAGCAGGUCAUGCAGAAGGUGUGGAUAUUUGGGAAUUAGAAGGUGAAGAAAUAGAAACAGUAUCAACUGAUACAUUUUUGCCAACAACAACACCAGAAGAAAGAGAUGCCAGAUAUAAAAAAUGGAAGAUGGCAGUUGAAAGAAGUUUAGGUUGGGCAGCAGUAAAGAAAUCUGAUCAAAUGACAGACGAAAGAUAUUAUGUACUGGCGUCGAUUCCUGCAAGUUGGUUCUUAAUGACAAGUUUUAUUUUAUUACGAUUAAGUUAUUAUUUGAAAAAUCGGUGACAACAUUUGUAUUCUUACAAUGGAGGAUCACUUAGAUAGCAAAUAGCCCAUAUUGUAUUAAAAAUACAAAUAGUAUGGCUGUCAAACAUUGAUAGUAGAUGAAAUAUGGCCAUUAUUAAUUAAAAAAAAAAAACAAAAAAUAGUACAAGAUGCUACUUUGAUUUACUCAUGCUUAUAAUCUUGUUAAAAAAGAUUAAUAUAAUUACUUAAACGAAACGCGACAAAACAAAAAGCAUGGAGCUUUUUUAAAAAUAUAUUUUAAAAAAAGAAUUUUUUUUUCUAUCUUUUUUUUUAGAAACAAUAUAUGUGUGUAAUUUGGAAAAUUCAUUUAUUCGUUAUUUUUUAUUGAUUGUUAUAUAAAAUAAUGAAAUAUUUCAUGAAACAUUACUGCCGUAUUUAUAAAGUCAGGAUUAUGAUUUUGUAUAAUUUUAUAAAAUUGUAAACAUUCACAUAAUAUUUUAAGGCUUUAUAAAUUGAUUAAAUUUUUCCAAUUUAAUCUGUUUUUGUGAAUUUCUAUUAUAUAUUUAAUUUAUUUGUUUUUUGUCAAAUAAUCCAUGUAUAAUAUUAAAACUAUUGUAUCAUAAAAGUAAGAAUAUAAAUAUAUGUUUGUCUUCGUUUA